AAGCCGUGAGUGAAAAAGUACCGCAUCAAAUCUUUGUGGUGUAUUUUCCUCAAAAAAAGAAAAUCGUUUGUGAAAUUUUAUAAAAGUUGUAGUAAUUUCCUACAUUUAAUAAAACUUAAAAAGAAAAGUUAUUUGCGGUGAUUGUUUUGCACUAAACGCAAACUAAAAAUAAGAUUUUCGUUUUUCAUUGAGGUUAUGAUAAGAAAAAAGCAACAUCAACUGUGAGAGAAUCAAAAUACUAAAGAAAUAAAUUCGAGGCGAUUUGUAUAGUUUACGAAAUAAAACUAAAAAAAUGAAUGUACCACCAACUGCUGGAGCUCCAGCAGUACCACCUUCAAUGGCCGGUUUAGGAUUUCCACCUGCUAUAGUUCCUCAAUUCAAUAUUCCUCCACCUGGGUUUGGAGGUCCACCACCUGCUGAAUUGGCAGCGGCUUUUGGUUCUGCACCACCCAAUACUGAGUGGACCGAGCACAAGGCACCGGAUGGCAGGCCAUAUUUUUACAAUAACAUCACCAAGCAAAGCUCCUGGGAAAAACCCGAAGCUUUAAUGUCACCCAUAGAACGUCUGAAACAUCAAUGCCCUUGGAAAGAAUAUCGCUCAGAUGCUGGUAAGGUUUAUUAUCACAAUGUUACAACGAAAGAGUCGAGAUGGGAGCCACCGCCAGAAUUUAUAGAAAUGCAAGGCAAGGUUAAAGCAGAAGAAGCUGCGGCGGCUGCCAAAGCAGUAGCGGCUAUGACAUCCUCCAGUUUGGCUGGUAUAGUUCCUCCAGCAGCUUUAGCAAAUAUAUUGCCUGCUACAUUGCCAUCCAUUCCUAAGAUACACACACCCGAUAUACACUCUCCUUUAACCCCUGGUAGCAAUGAAAAUUCCUCAUCAGCUUUGGACCAGGCAAUGGCUGCCACUUUAGCUUCUAUAGAAAUACCCUCUUCCAACAAAGAAGACAAAGAGAAUAAACGAGACGUUGCUGACGAACCUAAACUGGUAUUCAAAGACAAAAAAGAAGCUAUAGAAGCUUUUAAAGAACUGUUACGUGAAAAGAACGUACCUUCGAAUGCCAAUUGGGAUCAAUGUGUCAAGAUUAUUUCCAAAGAUCCACGCUACAAUUCAUUUAAAAAUCUAAACGAAAAGAAACAAACAUUUAAUGCAUACAAAACACAAAAGCUAAAAGAUGAAAAAGAAGAGGCACGCCUUAAGGCCAAGAAGGCUAAAGAAGAUUUGGAAAAGUUUCUUAUGACCACAGACAAAAUGAACUCCAAUUUAAAGUAUUACAAAUGUGAAGAAAUAUUUGCCAGUAAUAAAAUUUGGACUUCCGUGCCCGAACAGGAUCGCCGAGACAUUUACGAUGAUUGCAUUUUCAAUUUGGCAAAACGGGAAAAGGAAGAAGCGCGCAUGAUGAAGAAACGUAAUAUGAAAGUUUUGGGAGAACUCUUGGAGUCCAUGACCACCAUAACUUAUUCCACAACAUGGGCUGAAGCUCAAGUUAUGCUGCUGGAAAACUCGGCUUUCAAAAAUGAUGUCAACCUUUUGGGCAUGGAUAAGGAAGAUGCACUAAUAGUCUUCGAAGAACAUAUCAGAACUUUAGAAAGAGAGGAAGACCAAGAAAAGGAGCAAGAAAAGAAACGCCUUAAACGUCAGCAGCGUAAGAAUCGCGACAAUUUCCUAACACUACUCGAUUCACUGCAUGAAGAGGGCAAACUAACUUCGAUGUCGUUAUGGGUGGAAUUAUACCCCAUCAUCUCUGCUGACAUACGCUUCUCAGCCAUGUUAGGUCAAAAUGGAUCCACUCCUUUAGAUCUUUUUAAAUUCUAUGUGGAAGAUUUGAAAGCACGCUAUCACGACGAAAAGAAAAUCAUACGAGAAAUUCUCAAAGAAAAAGAUUUCAGCGUUAAGGCCAACACAACAUUUGAGGAUUUCGCCACUGUUGUAUGUGAGGAUAAACGUUCAGCUACCCUAGAUGCAGGCAAUGUUAAGCUCACCUACAAUGCCUUGUUGGAGAAGGCCGAAGCAAUUGAAAAGGAACGCGUGAAAGAGGAAACCAAACGUUUGCGCAAAUUGGAAAAUGAAAUUAAAGCUGCCUGGCUGGAGGCCAAUGUAUCGCCUCAUGAACCCUACGAGUCGGCCCAAAAGUUAGUGGAACAUUUGGAGUCGUAUGCUAUCUAUGAGAAGGAGUUGGGUGUGCAUAAAAUUUGGGAAGAUUUUGUGCGUGAAAGUGAAGAUGCUUGCACACAUCAUCACUCCAGAUCGAAGAAAUCGAAAAAGAAUAAAAAACACAAGAAACGUUUACGAUCAAGUUCUAGGUCUGAUAUAGAAAACGAUCCAAUGGAAAUGGAGAGAGCUCGUAAAAAGAAAUCGAGAUCAAGAUCGCUCUCUGUUAGCUCAAGCAUAAGUAAGGAAAGCGAUCGUAUUUUAAAAAAGAAAAAGAAGAGAAAGAACAAGAAAUCAUCUAGAGAUUCAUCCUGUGAAUCUGAACGACAACAGUCCUUAGACGGUGGCUCACCGUCGGCUCUGGCAAUUGAGGAAUUCUCCUCAGCACCCAGCAAAAAGAAGAAAAAAGAGAAAAAGAAUAAAAAGGACAAAGAGCGUAGACAUCAUCAUGAUAAUCAACGAUCUAAUACACCGCUCAGCCCCAUUGCUAGUAAUCAUUCAGAUGUGGGACACUCGCCCUCCAGCCAACGCAACGAUCCCGAUGAGCAGGCUUUAAGCGAAUCUGAACUGGAAUCGAAACGAGCAGCUUUGCUGGCACAAUUAAACGAACAGAUGGAGGAAUGAUUGAGAGAAUAAAUGAAUACUGUAUAAAUCAAAUUACUCUUUAGGUUUACAACUAUUUAGGAUUUUUUUAUUAUAUUAUUCUUUGAUAUGGACAGACAACAAACUGAACUAUAUAAAUAGUAUGUGUGCUUUGCAAUAAUUUGUUCUCUACUUAAAUGUUUUCAAUUUGAUUAUCGUUCUAUAUUUUUUUCUUCAUAAUUUUUAGUUUAAAUUUUAACUAAAGGAUUUCAAAUGAUUUUUUCUUCCUUUCUUUAUGCUUUAUUUUGUAAUAAAAUUUUGUUUAUUACAGUUCUACAAACUUUAAAAGCCAGUAAUAAACACAAACAAAAUGUACUUAGUUCAGUUUAAAGAAGAAAAAAAAAAAACAAAAGUAUUUUAAGCUAAAUACACAUACAUACAAACAAA